AUGAAAUUCGGAUUCGGAACACUACUUAUUAUUAUUCAAUGUGGUAAAAUUGCAAAUAGUUCAUGUUCUCCAGGUUAUUGUUGUAGUAUAUUUGGAUAUUGUGGUCAAACUCCUUCACAUUGUGGAACCGACGGAUGUGAUCCAACAUAUGGAGUAUGCGGGCAAGUUACUACAUCCAAUGGUCUUACAAGUGUGAUGACAACAAUGACAACAACACCUUUACCAACCAAUUCAGCUCAAACUAUAGAAGCUUCUUCAACAACUCCAAAAACAACUUCUAGUGACAGUAGUUCUACACCUACCACUAAUAAUUCUUCUGGUUCAUUUAUUAAAAUACAUAGUGGUAGUUUGAAUGGGUUAUUUAUAAUUGUCAUGAUUGCAGUUUUACUCUUAUAA